AUGCCUUUUGUAUCCAAAGGCCUCACCACCCUGUCCGCUGCUGUCGUGUGCAGCGCAGCAGCCACUUCUGCUCUUCUCUGCCGCAGACACAGCAAAGCAAAGGUACCUCAGGAUACUAAGUAUUACCUUACAACGUAUGAGCAUCCAGAGGGGCCCCCUCCUGCAGGGGACCCAGCAAAGGGGCCCCCGUCGUCUACAGAGGGCCAUGAUUGGGCCCCGAAGGGCCUCUUCCAGGGAGCCCCCUCAAAUGCCUUUAAAGGGGGCCCCAAGGCCUUCUUCGAAGGGGCCCCUGGCAUAUUCGGGGGGGGCCUCCCUCCAGGUGUACAUAAGAGGGGCCCCCCUUAUUUACCACCAUCAAGAGAAGAAAUGAUAACAAAGAUGAAGCAAGAACAGUUUGAUGUCCUCGUCAUUGGAGGAGGCUCUGCCGGAGUUGGUGUAUUAUUUGAUGCAAGCACAAGAGGACUAAAAUGUUGUUUAAUAGAGGCAAAUGAUUUUGCUGCUGGUACAUCCAGCAAAAGUACUAAACUUAUUCAUGGAGGUAUUCGUUACCUACAAAAAGCCUUCGAAGACUUUGAUUGGGGACAACUGUCUCUUGUCUGCGAGGCCCUUGAGGAGAGAGCGCAUCUGCUGCGUGCUGCACCCCACAUAGCACAACCUCUUGCUAUAUUAAUGCCCCUCUAUAGCCUGUGGAAGAUUCCUUACUGCUGGUUUGGUGUUAAGGCCUACGGUCUCCUUGCACAGCUCGUCUGCUGCGGACAGACAGAGGUCCCCCCUACUUCUUAUUUGUCUGCGCGCACAUCUUCUUUCGCCUUUCCUCUCUUACCUGCUGCGGGCUUAAAAGGAUCUUUGUUGUAUUUUGAUGGCCAAAUGAAUGACAGUCGUCUCUGUCUCUCCCUAGCUCUGUCUCCAACUGUCCCUGGAUUCGUAGAUGGCAUGCAGCCCGCUGCAGCAGCUAAUCACCUCGCGGCUCGGCAGCUUAUUAAAGACGAAAAUGGCCAAAUU